GUAAGUUCUACUUAAUUUAGUCGUAUUGCUACCUACUAAAUUCACAACCAUAAAAGUAAUCGUUCCCCUACUUUGCAGCCUUUAUUUCAUGAUGGAAUGAAAGAAUGGAGUUGCUGCAAGAAAAGAAGCCAUGAUUUCAGCUUAUUCUUGGAAAUCCCAGGAUGUAAGACGGGAAAGCAUACCACUGAAAAACCGGUGCUAGCAAAGGUAACUAAUACUACAACGAAAUCAACUAAUGCACCAACUCCUGUAGCUAAUGCCUCGUCUCUAGCUAAUGCAUCUUCAAGAGACAGUUGCUCGAGGUGCCGACAAGGGUUCUUUUGCUCGGACCAUGGCUCGGCGAAGGAUAUGAAUCCAAAACAGACAAAUGGAGUAAAAGUAACAGUUGCAGGAGCUGAAAGCAAAUCAGAAUUGCAGGAAAGUCUUCCUGCUCCAGUGAAGAAGACUGUUGGUAUAAAUGAGCCUCAAACUUGCAAAAAUAAGGGGUGUGGCCAAACUUUUAAAGAAAAGGAUAAUCAUGAUGCUGCUUGCAGUUAUCACCCUGGACCUGCUGUCUUUCAUGACCGACUGAGAGGGUGGAAAUGUUGUGACAUUCAUGUGAAAGAAUUUGACGAGUUCAUGACUAUACCUCCAUGCUCAAAGGGGUGGCACAAUGCGGAUGCAGCUUGAGAAAGUAAUUUAUCAGCAAACAGUCAAUCUUCUUUUCUCCCAUCAUCAAUCUAUAUUAUGGAAACUUUUAAUGUAUGUGCGCUAAUAUCUGUAACUGUGGGACUAGAUCGCUAGACUUAAGUUGUUGUGCAAGAACUUUGUUGUGUUUCUCCAAUCAUAAAUCAUGGAAUGAACUGAACGUCGUCAA